AUGCGAGAGGCUAUGAGAGUAGCAGUUAUCACCAACCCAAGAGAAAGUGUUACAGUGCAACAGCGGUUGAUUGCUCACCCGCGCUCGCCUGGGGGUAUUUCUAAAAAUUACAUUUCGCCUCCACUGAAGUUCAAUAGUUGCACGACGAAUACAAAGUCUUGGACAAUCACGUACUUUGGUCGCCUGUAUAAAUCUCCUUUACUACCACCAGCUGAAAGAGUGUACCGAGAUUUCAAAGGGAGAGUGUUUGAGGUGCCCGUGCUUCAUGCACCUCCAUGGCACUUUGUCAAGUACAACAAUGACUCCACAAUCACAGUGACAGGAGGGAGAGACGAUAAGCUACUUUCGUUAAUGUCCAAAAAGUUAAAUUUUAGAUACAGAUAUUACGAUCCACCAGAUAGAAGCCAGGGGUCGAGUAUAUCCAACAAUGGUACUUUUAAGGGAACUCUAGGAUUGAUUUGGAAACGUACCGCCGACUUCUUUCUGGGAGACGUCACUAUGACUUGGGAACGUCUGCAGGCAGUGGAGUUCUCGUUCCUAACUUUAGCUGACUCUGGUGCAUUUCUAACUCAUGCUCCAGCAAAACUUAGCGAAACAUUGGCGAUCAUCAGGCCUUUUCAAUGGGAGGUCUGGCCACUAGUAUGCGCAACACUAUUGGUUACUGGACCAGCUCUGUGGAUAGUCAUUGCAGCACCAUCUUUAUGGCAAAAGCGUGAAUGCGAUCAACUAGGGCUCUUUAAUACGUGCUGCUGGUUUACAACUACGCUAUUUUUGAGACAGUCUUCCAGUAAAGAACCAUCUAGCACACACAAAGCUCGUCUUGUCUCAGUCCUGAUUUCCCUUGGAGCAACUUAUGUCAUAGGAGACAUGUACUCUGCCAAUUUGACCAGUCUACUGGCAAGACCGGCCAGAGAACGUCCGAUUGGCACUUUACAAGCUUUAGAAGAAGCUAUGAGAGAUUAUGGAUAUGAACUAGUGGUGGAAAGUCAUAGCUCUUCGCUGACAAUUUUAGAAAAUGGCACGGGUGUCUAUGGCCGUUUAGCGCAACUUAUGCGCCGCCAGCGCAUACAACGCGUACGCAAUGUUGAAAUUGGUGUGAGACUUGUUCUAACACAUAGAAAUGUUGCAGUACUAGGAGGAAGGGAAACAUUGUACUAUGAUACUGAACGAUUUGGUUCACACAAUUUUCAUUUAAGUGAGAAGCUUUACACAAGGUAUUCGGCUAUCGCCCUACAAAUAGGCUGCCCUUAUCUGGAAACAUUCAAUGAUGUUGUUAUGACGCUAUUCGAAGCGGGCAUUUUGGGAAAGAUGACGACAGAUGAAUACAAGAAUCUGCCAGAACAGUCCAGAAGGUCUGAACCUGUCACUGAGAGUGACAGACAAAGCAAUGACAUCGUGGAUUCUACUGCUCAGUCGCAGACCCCAGGGGAAUCCACAAAGGGCUUGGAGCCUGUUUCAUUGAGGAUGCUGCGAGGUGCAUUCUGUUUACUUGGCAUCGGGCAUCUUUUAGCAGCUGUAGCCCUCGCGUUCGAAAUUCAAAUUCACCGUAGAAGCAAACAGAAGCGGCAGAAGGAGAUCAAUGAAGAAAAAAAGACACACAAACUCCUCGUAAUCAGCAAAGCAAUUAUAUUGUUGAACAGAGGAUGUCAGCGAGUUGCUGCUAACGUAUACAGCGAGAUUGAUAAAGCACUAGGACCACCUAUAUAA